AGUCAUCACGAUGCCGGCGCUACCUCUGGAUGAACUCCAGCUGACAGAAAGGGAUCCCAAAACAGGGAAGAUGAGAACUUUACCAGCACUGCACCCAGAAAUAAAAGCAGAUCGGUCUUUUGUGCUAUACAGACCGCCGCCCCUCGCCAGAGACCCUGCUUUAGUGGAAGAGUUCUUGGAGAGAGCCAAAUUCAUUGCAGAUGACCUGAACUGGCUUCUGGCUUUGCCUCAUGACAAAUUUUGGUGCCAGGUGAUAUUUGAUGAGACGCUUCACAAGUGUCUGGAUUCCUACUUGCGCUUUGCCCCUCGCAAGUUCGAUGCGGUGCUGGAUUGUCCCCCCGAGGUCAGCGACAUGCAGAGGGGUCUUCACCGGAGCAUCUUCCUCACCUUCCUCAGGAUGUCCACUCACAGGGAGUCCAAGGAUCAUUUUAUCACCCCCUCUGUCUUUGGAGAAAUAAUUUACAAUAACUUCCUGUUUGACAUCCCAAAGAUCUUGGAUAUCUGUGUGCUUUUUGGGAAAGGAAAUGGUCUCCUUCUCCAGAAGAUGAUCGGAAAUAUAUUCACCCAACAACCAAGUUACUUCAGUGACCUAGACGAAACCCUGCCCACUGUCCUCCAGGUGUUCAACAAUAUUUUGCAGCAGUGUGGUUUGCAGUGCGAAGGAGCCUCUGCUGAGCCCCAGAAAUUGGAAGAAAAAGUAAAUGUGACUCCAGGGAACAUGCCCCUCCAGGAGCUGAAGGACAUUGUGCUGUACUUAUGUGACACCUGCACGACACUCUGGGCAUUCCUUGAUAUCUUCCCAUUGGCCUGCCAGACCUUCCAGAAACAUGAGUUUUGUUACAGAUUAGCUUCGUUUUAUGAACUGGCAAUUCCUGAGCUGGAAGCUGCAAUCAAGAAGAGGCACUAUGAGGACAACAGUGUCUUUGCUGAUUUGUGGAGGAGAAUUUCGCAUUCCAGAAAGAAGAUGGUAGAAGCUUUUCACAUCCUAAUAAACCAAGUCUGUCUGCAGCCCAUCUUAGAAAGCAGCUGUGAGAACAUUCAGCCUUUUAUUGAGGAAUUCCUACAGAUCUUCACUUCAGUGCUUCAGGAAAGGAGAUUUCUCCGUGAUUAUGAUAAGCUGUUUCCUGUUGAGGAUGAUGUCAGCCUACUUCAGCAGGCGUCCUCCACGCUAGAUGAGACCAGGACAGCCUAUAUCCUGCAAGCAGUGGAAAGUGCAUGGGAAGGGGUAGACAGGAAAAAAGCACAAGUCAUUAAAGAUCCAACACCAGCAGCGGCAUCUAAUGGAGCGUCAGCGAUACUGGGGAGCACUGCUGGGGACAUGGAGGAGCUCAGCGCUGGGUGUGGGUCAGAGGAUGAGUGUGCCGGUGCCGCGGCUGCGCCCAGCGCCAGGGUCUCCGGGGUAGAGCUGGACUCUCUGAUCUCUCAAGUGAAAGAUUUGCUGCCAGACCUUGGUGAGGGCUUCAUCCUGGCCUGCCUGGAAGAGUACAGUUACAACGCAGAGCAGGUCAUCAACAACAUUCUAGAAGAGAAGCUGGUGCCAUACUUGGAUAAGCUGGACCGAACAAUGCAAAGGCAGCUGAAGCCAGACCCAACUCCUCUGGUCACUUCCCGCUAUAAUGUUUUCCAGAAUGAUGAGUUUGAUGUUUUCAGUAGGGAUUCAGUGGAUGUUUCUCGGAUCCAGAAGGGCAAGAGUUUGAGAGAGAAGGACACCACCAGAAGUUUGCUGAAUGACAAGCGCCUGGUUGCAGAGCAGAAGGAGCGCUACAGCCAGUACAGGCUGGUGGUGGAGGAGCUGCCUGUGCCGCAGGGAGAGGCUCAGCUCUACGGGGAGGACUAUGAGGACGAGUAUGAUGACACUUACGAUGGGAACCAAGUGGGUGCAAAUGAUGCUGACUCAGAUGAUGAGCUCAUCAGUAGGAGGCCAUUCACAAUUCCUCAGGUCUUGAGAACUAAAGGACAGGAGGAAGGACAGGAGGAAGAGGAAGAGGAUGAAGAGGAGGAGGAGGAAGCUGAAAAGGAAAGAACAAAGGACCAUUUUGUGCAGGACCCAGCAGUGCUGCGGGAGCGAGCUGAAGCCCGACGCCUGGCUUUCCUUGCGAGGAAGGGGUACAAGCACGACAGCUCUGCUGUGGUUGGGAACGUGAAGGGCCAUGGGCAGAACCGGGAGACAGUGCAGGAACGGAGGAAGAAGGAAGCAAACAAAAGCACAAGAGCGAACCACAACCGCCGCGCCAUGGCUGACAGGAAGCGCAGUAAAGGCAUGAUCCCCUCCUGA